CUGAAAACCUCUUCUCUCCCCCCAACAAAAUUCUUUCGUCAUGCCCGCAGCAGCCUCAAAGACCUACCUUGAUCCUUCGACCGCUUUCAGGGUGCUCCAGAGCUACCCGAAAUCCGAUGGGCUCUCGGUUUCGCAGCUUAUGGACUCGAAUGUCCACGGAGGUCUCACUUACAACGACUUCCUCAUGCUCCCAGGGAAAAUCGACUUCUCUGCCAGUCAAGUCAACACCGAAAGCAAAAUUACGCGCAAUGUCGUGCUGAAGACUCCGUUUAUGAGCAGCCCAAUGGACACUGUCACGGAGGCAGAGAUGGCUAUUUCUUUGGCGCUUCUGGGAGGAAUAGGCGUGAUCCAUCACAACCAGUCGCCUGCUGCACAGGCUGCUAUGGUCCGUGCGGUCAAACGCCACGAGAAUGGGUUCAUUACCGAUCCCGUUGUUCUCUCUCCUGAGCAUCACGUUGAGGAUGUCCUUGAUGUGAAAUCACGACUUGGUUUUUGCGGUAUCCCGAUCACUGAUACUGGUGCCUUGGGAGGUCAGCUCAUCGGCAUCGUCACGUCUCGCGACGUCCAAUUCCAAUCACCGACUGUCCGCCUUGCCGAUGUGAUGACCACUGAGCUCAUCACAGCCCCCGAAGGCGUGACUCUUUCUGAAGCCAACGAUAUCCUCCGUGACUCCAAAAAGGGUAAAUUGCCCAUCGUCGACUCAAAAGGCAGCCUCGUCUCCCUUUUGGCUCGUUCAGAUCUGCUCAAAAACCAGACUUAUCCCCUCGCAUCGAAACGUCCUGAAAGCAAGCAAUUGUACUCUGCGGCAGCUAUUGGGACUCGGCCUGCCGACCGGGAACGUCUGUCUCUGCUCGUCGAGGCGGGUCUCGACAUUGUUGUCCUCGACUCCUCGCAGGGUAAUUCGGUUUUCCAAGUCGAUAUGAUCCAGUGGAUCAAGCAGACCUACCCUCAUAUCGAGGUGAUUGCUGGGAACGUUGUCACCCGUGAGCAGGCAGCGACUCUCAUCGCUGCAGGCGCAGACGGUCUUCGUGUUGGGAUGGGUUCUGGCUCCAUUUGCAUCACGCAGGAGGUUAUGGCUGUCGGGCGGCCUCAGGCGACUGCCGUCUUCGCUGUCGCCGAAUUCGCGAACAAGUUUGGUGUGCCCGUCAUCGCCGAUGGCGGUAUCUCGAAUGUCGGUCAUAUUGUCAAGGCACUUGCGCUUGGUGCGGGUGCUGUGAUGAUGGGUGGCCUUCUUGCCGGCACCACGGAGGCGCCGGGCGAGUACUUCUAUCACGAGGGAAAACGCGUCAAAGCCUACCGUGGCAUGGGUUCUCUAGAGGCGAUGGAGCAGGGCAAGCCUGGCCCUACUUCGGCUGUGACCAACGGCACGUCAAAAUAUCCAUCGCCGCCUUCGAAGACUCAAGCCAACUCUCACGUGCACGAGAACGCUGCGACUACUCGUUACUUCUCGGAAUCAUCGGCCGUGAAGGUUGCUCAGGGCGUAUCGGGCGAUGUGCAGGAUAAAGGGAGCGUGAAAGAUUUCUUACCCUACCUCUACGCAGGCCUCCAGCACUCGUUCCAAGAUAUUGGUGUGCGGAGUGUGAAGGAGCUUAGAGAGGGCGUCGACAGUGGGAAGGUGAGGUUUGAAUUGCGCACAGCCAGUGCGCAAGUUGAGGGUGGCGUACACGGAUUGAACUCGUAUACGAAACGCCUGUUUGCAUGAGUGUAUGUACUGUAAUUUUUGUAUUUGCACACCGGCUUGUAUCCCUUCCGCGUGAUAGCUUUCGCUUUGCUUUGUUGUCACUGUCUCUAUCACGCCCUAUCACAUCAUCAUCAUCUGCACUAGAAAUAUUUAUAAUGCAGCCCACGCGAUCGCAAGCAGGCGUUUUUCAUAUCC